AUGAGUUUGCAUAUUUAUGCGUCCAUUGUUUGUAUCUGUUUGCCCCGAGGAGAGAAAAUCGCAGAGAUUGAAAGGAAAAGUCAGCUGGGUGUAUCAAGUGAACUGAUCCCUGUGAGAACCAGAUAUAGACCUCCUAGUACAGAUACUGAACCUGUAUAUGAGGGACCAUUUAUAGGUCAUGCAAGAGCCAUUGUAGACUACACUCCCAGUCCGUAUGACCGUGAUGCUUUGAGGUUUAAGAAAGACGACAUUAUUGAUAUUAUCAGCAUGAACGCUAGCGGACUAUGGCGAGGAAGAUCACAGGGGAAGAUUGGGAAUUUUAAAUUCAUUAAUGUUGAGAUUUUGCCGAAUAGGGAAGGAAGAAAAUCAAGAAGCAACAGUGUCAGCAAGGAGAGAAAACGCGGGAGACGGAGAGCAAGAAGUGUACAGGAGCUCCUAACUAAUCUAAAUAUGGAGGAACAUAUUCCAGUUUUUGUUCUUAAUGGAUACGAGAACAUGACGCUCUUCCAGGACCUUGAUGAGGCUGAGUUGGAUUAUCUGGGUAUACAGAAGGACAAACAGAGGACAGAACUACUAGCAGCAGCUGAGGAGAUGUUUGAGGAAGCACAGGAGGACAAGGAGGAUAAAGCGUCCUUCUCCAGAACUAGUCUAAGGUGAGAUAUUUAACCCUUUAUUA